GACAACCUCAUGUCGAUUUCCCCGUACCUGCAGCACCUCCACAACUGAGGCGCAAAGCCUGUGUGAACUUGCCUCGGCUGUGCCUCCUCUGGCACGCUCACUCCUCUCAUGGAUUCCAGAGGUCUGGUCGUUCUCUUGGUGGUCACCUGCGUGGGCUCUGUCCCGCUUCCUGAAUGCAAGGAGCUGCUGAAACCAUUGGGUCUUGAUGACCACAGCAUGAUCUACGGGAAAUGGUAUCUCAUCAUCUCAGCUUCUGACAGUCUGCACUUUCGAGUCAGACAUAUCUCGGUCAAAAGUAGCUGGAUAGAUGUGAGACCCACGGAAGAUGCGACAGUGUUGUUGCUACGAUGGGGAGAGAGGAUAGAUGGAACAUGCAGUUAUGGGACCACAAAAGUGACCAUCUCUGCCAACCCAUCCAGCUGCUUGAAGUUCACCUCGUACUCAACCAAACGGGAAGGCUACUAUCUAAAGCCAUGCCCCAACUGCCUGCUCUGGAUAGACACAGUUCAUGAAAACGGUCAAACUGGAAAAAACAUUGACAUGUACAGUAGGACCCCGGAACUUGAAUCCCUUCAUCUGAAAAGCUUUCUGAAUCAUACCGCCUGCCUGAACUUCCCCGAGGCGUCCACUUCCUACGACGGGGUCACAGAGGUGUGCUCUGACAACAAAGAUCCUGACCUUUGUGAUGACCUUCCCAAACCCCAGGCCUUGCAAGACCUCACCCCUAUUUACGGGAAAUGGAUUUAUGUUAUAGGCGUUUCUGACCACAGCAAGUCCCAGUAUUCUCCGGAAGGGACACAAAGCAGCUGGAUUGAGGUGUCUCCGACCACCGAUAGCACAGACCUCACCCUGCGCUGGGGUGAACGCAUCGACGGAGAGUGUAAACAUGGAUCAGCAACAGUGGUGGUCGAAGAACAAGGCUCCAACAGAUCCUCUCUUGAGUACAGCAGAUCUGAUGUGUCAUAUCCUCGCAAUGGGACGUUUCUUCAACCCUGUCCUGACUGUCUGCUUUGGAGAGAAACUUCCACCGUGCUUGACGUCCCCACCAGACUCCUGUUCUUGUUCAGAAGAACAGCGAAGCUGGACAAGUUUCACCUGGACAUGUUCAGGACACACGCUACUUGCCUGACCUUUCCUCAGACGUACAAUUCCUACGAUGGAGUCACAGAGCUGUGUCCUGAAGAACGUCCAAAGUAAACAGGUGGUAACUGGAGCUUGUGACAUCCACCAGCUGCAAUCCCAGGCAUCUACCAAACGCCGUCAACAUCACCACUUGUGAUAUGGACAGUUGUACGGCUGAAUUUGUAGUAUCACUGUUGGCAAUGCAGCAUGUGUACAAUGAGUUACAUGCUAGGAACUUUUAUCCCAUUAUAAUGCACACUCUUGAUGUCAAAAUAUGACAGUAUCUAUUUGUAGCACAAUACAAAUUAAAUGAAAAACACAGUAAAAUGUAUGUAAAUGAACAAUAUAUUUUACAGUAUAUUUUUCACUCGACCAUAACAACAAAUAAAUCAUGAAACUGUGUAAUUGUUAAAGG